AGGGCGGGCGGCUGGGUGCGGAGGAAAGCGCCCGCACCUGGCUCGGCGCCCCGCCUCUCUGCCCGGCGCCCUGCGCUCUGCGCGGCGGUUGGGGCGGUUGGAGGAGGCGGGCGAUCGCGGAGCCCGGCGGCGCCUGCAGGAGGCGGCGGGAGGAAAUGCCUACAUAAAAAAAAAAAGGGACGGCAGCUGGAUCAGUGUUUCACUGCUGAACCAGUUCCUCAGGUGUCCUGGUUCUGGUGAUUGCUAUGGGAGAUUGGAUGACAGUUACAGACCCAGCUUUGUCUUCAGAAAGCAAAAUUACUUCUCAAUAUACCUCAGAAACCAAGAUGUCUCCAUCAAGCUUAUACUCGCAGCAAGUGCUGUGUUCUUCAAUACCUUUAUCAAAAAAUGUGCACAGUUUUUUCAGUGCCUUCUGCACAGAAGAGAAUAUUGAACAGAGUAUUUCCUAUCUUGAUCAGGAAUUGACUACAUUCGGUUUUCCUUCAUUAUAUGAAGACUCCAAAGGUAAAGAGACAAAGAGAGGAUUAAAUGUAGUUGCUGUCUUAAAUUGUAUGAAUGAGCUACUCAUACUACAGCGCAAGAACCUUCUAGCUCAGGAAAAUGUGGAAACACAGAAUCUGAAACUGGGAAGUGAUAUGGGUCAUCUGCAGAACUGCUAUGCAAAACUUAAGGAACAACUGGAAACCUCCAGGAGAGAAAUGAGUGGACUUCAGGAAAGAGACAGACAGUUACAAUGCAAGAACCGGAAUCUGCACCAGCUACUAAAAAAUGAGAAAGAUGAGGUACAAAAAUUGCAAAAUAUCAUUGCAAGUCGAGCUACUCAGUAUAAUCAUGAUAUGAAGAGAAAAGAGCGUGAAUAUAAUAAACUAAAGGAACGUCUGCAUCAACUUGUUAUGAACAAGAAAGAUAAAAAAAUAGCUAUGGAAAUUCUCAAUUAUGUGGGGAGAGCUGAUGGGAAGAGGGGCUCCUGGAGGACUGAUAAAACUGAAGCCAGGAAUGAAGAUGAGAUGUAUACAAUUCUCUUGAGUGAUUAUGAAUAUCGUCAGAAACAAAUCCUAAUGGAAAAUGCCGAACUCAAGAAGGUUCUUCAACAAAUGAAAAAAGAAAUGAUUUCUCUUCUCUCUCCUCAAAAGCAGAGACCUAGGGAAAGAACAGAUGAUAACACAGGAACUGCGCUCUCUGAUGUUGAAGAAGAUGCCGGGGAAAUGAACAGAGAGAGUAUUUGGGAUCUUUCCUGUGAAACUGUGAGAGAGCAGCUUACAAACAGCAUCAGGAAACAGUGGAGAAUUUUGAAAAGUCAUGUGGAAAAACUUGAUAACCAAGUUUCAAAGGUUCACCUAGAAGGUGUUAAUGACGAAGAUGUAAUAUCACGGCAAGACCACGAGCAAGAAACGGAAAAACUGGAGGUAGAAAUUCAGCAGUGUAAGGAAAUGAUCAAAACUCAGCAGCAACUUUUACAGCAGCAGCUUGCUACGGCAUGUGAUGAUGAUACCUCUUCAUUGCUACGGGACUGUUAUUUGUUGGAAGAAAAGGAACGCCUUAAAGAAGAAUGGUCCCUGCUAAAAGAGCAAAAGAAGAAUUUUGAGAAAGAAAGACGCAGCUUCAUAGAAGCAGCCAUUCGCCUAGGGUUGGAGAGAAAGGCAUUUGAAGAAGAAAGAGCCAUUUGGUUAAAGCAGCAGUUUUUAAGUAUGACUAACUUUGACCUCCAGAACUCAGAAAAUGUGAAACUUUUCAGUGCCUUCUCAGGAAGUUCUGAUCGGGACAAUCACACAGUGCACUCGAGGCCACGGGCAAGGAAGCCUCACAGUGUAGCUAACGGGUCUCCAAAUUGCACAUCUAAACUUACUAAAUCUCUUCCGGCUUCUCCUUCUACUUCAGACUUCUGCCAGACACGUUCCUGUGUAUCUGAACAUAGUAGUUCAAUCAAUAUACUGAAUAUAACUCCUGAAGAAACUAAACCAAAUCAGGUUGGAAGAGAAUGUACAAAUCUAAAAUGGAGUGUGGCAUCAAGACCUGCAUCACAAGAAGGUUGCUACAAUGGGCGCUCUUUGACCUACGCAAACUCACACAUACACAAAGACAAUCUACCUUAGACGUCAGAACUGGAAUGUUUUCUUCUUAACAUGUUCAUCAGAUUUCACAUCUAAGUUGAAAACAGGGUGUGUCAUAAAGUCAGUCAUCUCUGAUAAUUUACGAUGGUCUGAGUUGUUUGUUUGGAAGAUUUCUGUGUCCUCCCCCAAAGAGCUAAAUGUUAAAUCUAUUUAAAAGGAUAUAAAAGCUUUGGAUAUGUAUUUUUAGUAACAGAAGCAUCUAGUUCUGUGAAAGGAAUGUACAGAUAUUUGGUUGGGAACAAAAGCACUUGAAUGAGUUUCCUCUUCUAGGUAUAAAAAGAAAUAGCACUUUUAGGAAACUGAUUAUUGUAAAUGUUUAAUUUUUGUCUUAUAUAUAGUGAGCAUUGGAAGUUUAGCCUUUACUUGAAUGGAUACUGUAGAUUUUUAACAAAGCAAGUUCUAUAUUUAUUAUGUUUAGUGUGAUUUGAAAUUACCUCUUUCAUAUGUUUUAAAUAAAGUGAAGUGUAUGUUUUGUACAUAGAUAUUAUACAUGAUUAUGUUAAGAGGCUUUAAGAUUUUAAAAUGUCACACAUCUAUUAGUGUUUCAUGCCAAUAAAAUUUUUUUAGUGGA